CUCAGCGACAGCACACCACACGAGAUGACGCGGCACGUGCAAUCUGACGGGCGCCCCCGACACAGCGCCGCCGCCGCCGCCUCCGCAGCACGCGUCACGGUGAAAGCAGAUAAAGAGACCCUGAGGAGGUGCCGGUCAGCGCUGGCGGUGCUCCUGGUGGCAGCAGCGGCGCUGCUACCCGCCGCCCACGCCGCCCCCGCUGCCGCCCCCACCGCCCACAAGGCGGACGACUGGAUCGACCCCUGCGGCAUAUACAGGGACGCCCCCGGCGUCCUCAACAUGAAGAACGUCAAGAAGGUGCUCAGGGUGUUCCGGAAUUACCUCCACGGCACCUUCAACAGCGUGAAAAAGGAGUGGGAUCGAGCCAGCAGCGUCUACCAAGGGCUGAAAGAAAUUGAAAUGGACAUGGAGUGGCUUCCAAGGAACCAGUACAACCACUACAAGGACACCAUCCAAGGGCUGACACUUCCCGAAAAGCCGGCCCACGUCCUACAGCACGUGCACGACGGCGUUCAGAAGUACCUGGCCACCGUGGCGUGGCUGCAAAGGGACGAAGCCAGCAGCCUGCUACUGCACAAGGACCUCGCCACGCGCGCCCACUUCCUCUCCGAGAUACGCAGCAAGCUCAAAAGUUUGCAGUGCGCGGCGCAGAAGGCGAUCGUGGACAGCAAGGUGCGGCUGCAGGUGCAGCGGCCGCAGCUGGAGGAGGUGGUGGACGCGGAGCGCCACCGGCAGCCGUCGCAGGGCACGCCGCAGCUGCUGCUGCGCGACCGCACCUACCUCGCCCUCCUCAAGGCCUUCCUGGCCGACUGGCAGAAGGUGGUCAGCGAGCUGCUCAAGGAGGUGACGCGCGACCUCAAGAAGAAGAGCAAGCAGCAGAAGAAGGACGCGACCCGCGGCGUCAAGAGCAAGAACACGACGGCCGCCCCCCGCCGCCAGCGCCACAAGAAGCGGAAGGACCAGCAGCGGCGCCAGCAGGCGUAG